GGGGGCACUGCGGCCCGCAGACUGUAAACACACAUGAAGGACGGAGAGAGCAGAGAGAAGCAUGAUCGUGUUUGUGCGCUUUAAUCUGGGCCCUGGCGUCCCGGUGGAGCUGCAGGAGGAGGCGAGCGUGGCUCAGCUGAAGGAGGUGGUGGGGAGUCAGCAGGGGGUGCGGCCGGAGCGCCUCAGGGUGCUGUUUGCAGGCCGGGAGCUGCAGAGCACCGCCACACUGCAGGGCUGCGACCUCCCGGAGCAGAGCACCGUCCACGUCGUCCUCCCUCCUUCAGGCGCCUCCUUUCAGCGGCUCGUGCAGGAGCACCGAGCUGAGGACGGAGAGGAGGAGCAGGGCUCUUUGACCAGGCUGGACCUCAGCUCCUCUCGACUCCCUGCCGACAGUGAGGGAGGAGAGGGCAGAGCAGAGGGGGAGAGUGUGGAGGAGGUGCAGGCUGGAGCUCACAGCAGUGUGCGUACCUGUAGUACCUUCUUCGUGUUCUGUAAGAGCUGCCGCUCCAUCGAGCCAGGAAAACUGCGAGCGCGCUGCCGACGCUGCAAACAGACGGCGCUGACGCUCAGCAGGGUGAGAGACCCAUCACAGAUAAUGUCAUUGAUUAAGCCAGGUGGUGUGUGUGUGUGUGUGUGUGUGUGUGUCUGUCUUCAGGAGUUUUACAUGAAGUGUGCGUCUCACCCGACGUCAGAUGAUGACCUUUCCGUGGCCCUCGACCUCAUCAUGACCAACACCAGAGGCGUGCCCUGCAUCGCCUGCACCGAUGUCAUGGGCGUGGUCCUGGUCUUCCAGUGCUCAGAGCGUCAUGUGAUCUGUCUCGACUGUUUCCAGCGUUAUUGCCAGACGCGCCUGAAUGACCGGCAGUUUGUGUACCAUCCUGUGAUUGGCUACUCGCUGCCGUGUGCAGUCGGCUGCGACGAGUCUCUGAUCAAAGAAGUUCAUCAUUUCAGGAUCCUGGGAGACGAGCAGUAUGGGCGCUACCUGCAGUACGGCGCUGAGGAGUGUCUGCUCACCACUGGAGGAAUGAUGUGUCCAUCACCUGGCUGUGGGGCGGGGCUUCUCCCACCUGAUGGCAGCAGGAAGGUGGAGUGUGACCCCCGGCUUGGCUGCGGCUUUGUCUUCUGCAGACUCUGCAGGGGGGAGUACCAUGAGGGGGCGUGUCAGGCAGUGACAGCCCCGCCCACAGGGGAAGCAGCACAGGUGAGCUGGCCAGUUACAGAGGUUGUAGGACGAUGA